CUGGUCUGAUCCAAGAUGGCCGCCCUCUGGGCACGUCGGCCAUUGUCCAAUAUGACGUCUGGGGCCCAGAGUCUAGGCAGACCCUGCAGGUCUCCUCGAGGAAGAGCAGGAGGAGGAGGAGGAAGAGCAGGAGGAGGAGGAAGAGGAGGAGUCAGUGAGGCCUAUAAAUCCUCCUCCCUCCUCCGCCUCCUUCCCUCUUCCUCCCGCGGCUCCUUCUGUCUCCUUCUCCGGUUCUUCGGCUCCGCCAUGGGCUUCGGUGACCUGAAAUCAGCCUCCGGCCUCAAGGUCCUCAAUGACUUCCUGUCGGAGCGCAGCUACAUCGAAGGGUUCGUCCCCUCCCAGGCAGAUGUGGCGGUCUUUGAGGUUCUGUCGGCGGCGCCCCCUGCGGACCUGAACCACGCCCUGCGCUGGUACAACCACAUCCGGUCCUACCAGAACCAGAAGACCAGCCUCCCAGGUGUGAAGAAGCCUCUGGGUCAGUACGGCCCCCCCGGCGUGGCUGACACCACCUCAGGCUCCGCCUCUAAGGACGACGAUGACGACGACAUCGACCUGUUUGGUUCCGACGAGGAGGAGGACGCCGAGGCCGCCAAGCUGAAGGAGCAGCGCCUGGCCGAGUACGCCGCCAAGAAGGCCAAGAAGCCCGCCCUCAUCGCCAAGUCUUCGCUCCUAUUGGACGUCAAGCCCUGGGACGACGAGACGGACAUGGCCAAGCUAGAGGAGUGCGUCCGCAGCAUUGAGAUGGACGGGCUGGUCUGGGGACAGUCCAAACUGGUCCCAGUGGGCUACGGCAUCAAGAAGCUUCAGAUCAGCUGCGUGGUUGAAGAUGAAAAGGUGGGCACAGACAUCCUGGAGGAGAAGAUCACGGCGUUCGAGGACCACGUCCAGUCCAUGGAUGUAGCGGCGUUCAAUAAGAUCUGAUUUAAUAAAGGAAAACAGAAAAA